GUAAUCUGAGUAACUGGACGCUCUGGAUAAGCGUCUGUUUUUUUUCUCCGUAGAAAUACUUUGAAAUACUGGAUGGCAUCUCCGGCGUUUGAACAGUUCAUUCAAGAAAGCCUCAUUAACAGUGGAGUGGUCAGUGGUGCGCUUCUUCUCUCCAGGCAUGGACAUGUUCUGUACAAGUAUGGUGACCUCCUACAUAUAAGCAAGGCAGACCACAGUCAGUUCCUACCUUUGUUUGAUGCAGUUUCAGAAUUGAACCCUGAUAGUGUACAUCACCAGGACCUCUGUGUGACCUCCAAUCUUGGGCAUGAAACUACAUACAAGGUUUACCAAAAAACUUUCAACAGUAUGUAUGCCACAUGUAGUAAAGGUAGCGGAGGACUGACAGUGUGUAAUCUGCCCUAUGGUAUACUAGUGUGUACAUAUAGUGGUCACACACGGGCAGGAGACGCAGUGAAAGCUAUAGAGAAAUUCUGUGACAUCAUGAGAAGAUGACUUCCCAUUCAUAUUUGAUAUGGAGCUGACACAAAACUUGUUUAUCAGUUAUUCUUUUGAGUUGGAGCAGUUUGUUAACAGCAAGAAAAUAGCAAAGAAAAUGCUGUAAAAUUUUAUAAACAAAAAUCGCGAGAAUGUUGAAACAUUUUUUUUAUCAGCAGCAAACACUUCAUCUUUGAAAGAUAUAAUUUGGUUUUUGUUGAUACUAAGGUUAAGUUGAGACAAUUGAUCUACGCAUAAUUAAGUAAGAAAUUUCCUAACACCAUCCCGUAAGGUGCCAUUGUUUUGGAAAUUAAGGUAUCUUUAUAGAGCAGCAUAACUGAUUUGAGUGUGAAACAGGGUCAUACAUGCCAGUCGGUACUUGAUAUAAGGUGUACCAUAAGAGAAUGCUAUUGACACUUUAAAAUUUAUCAUUUUGAUUCAACAGACAUUAGAUUAUGUUGCGUCAUACAAGUUUAUAUCUGUGAAAAGAAAUAUUUAUGAACUUGUAUAACUCCUCAUAUUGUAUGAUUGUGAAACAGGACGUAUUAUCUGAUCACAUAAGGCUGCACGUGGGUGGGUGACAUACACAAUACUUGCGUGCUGUCUAACUUAGCUGCUCUUGUCCAGUGUUCACCAAACUUGGCCAGAAUGUUUAUUGGCACAUUUUAUCAGCCAGGACUGAGGUUCAAUACACAGCUGGAUCCUUCAAGUCACUCUGGAGUUAUUGCCCUUGAAUUACUCAAAAUUGCUAAAAUUGACAGCUUCUGCUCUCUAAUUUAAGCAUUUCUUACCCAGUGUUCACCAAAUUGCAUCCCAGUGUUUAUCAUAAUAUGUCAGCCAAGAUUACUAACCAUCCAGAUUGUUCCUCUAGCUCUUGAAUUACUGAAAAUUGCGGAAGUUGAUGGUGUCUGCUGUCUGUCUUGAGUUGUUCUUAUACAGUGUUCAACAAACUUUGUCAUGGUGUUUGUGGGCUUAAUACCUCAGACAAGAUUGAUAACCAGCCAAUAAGUCCCAGUCACUCUGGAGUUAAUGCCCUUGAAUUACUUAGAAUUGCAAGUUUAGUGUCUCUUCAAAACUUAGUAGUUCUAUCUAGUGUUCACCAAACUUGUUUAUGGGUAUAUUGUAUUGCCCACAUUUGAUAACCAGUAGUUUUUGUGUGGAUCUGGAGUUAUUGUCCUUAAAUCAGUUGAAAUGGAAUAAGUAGAGUAUUUAAACAGUCAGGUGUAAUGUGGUGUGACAGGCAUAUAUUUUGACAGUUGACAGUCAUGUAUAGAUGUACAAUAACCUGUUAAACCUGUUGUAAUGUCUCAAAAUAGGUGUGCUUAGUGUUACUGUUUCAUUACAGUUUAUUGUCAAAAGAAAAUUAUGAACAUUUUUUUAUUUGAAUUUGUCAAUAUCACUGUGUGUAUAUUUCAUGAAUUUAAAAAAUUGUAAAAUGUGUCUAUAGAAAAUUUGUGAGUGAACUGAAAUCUUUUGUUGUAACUGCUGAUCAAUGUCUAUAUUCUUCCAAUUUGAAUUUCAGACAGUUGACAAAGAAUGAAAUUCUAGGUAGCGGUUGGUUUUCAUACAAGCAAAGGAGCAGUACAGGAAACAUAAGACUACCAGUUACUGAGGGAUUUUUAAUGUUUCCUUUAAGUUUUAUCAUUGAAAAAUGACUUAUUCUUGUAUGUAAAUUCAUUAAAUGAAUUGGUGUUUCAUAUUGAUGUAUAUACCGGUAGCUUCACACAAAUUUACUUACAUGUACUUUGUUUAAAACAAAGUUGUUUAUACUAUUGUUUCAUACAUACCUGUAUAACAUGUUAUUUAAUAAAAUCACAUUUAAAUUUA